AUGAAUGGGCUUAAACCGGUGGAGGGAUCUUCCAACUUAUUACGUUCUCAUCCUCACGAGAACCCAACUUUGCAAGAAAAAUUACCUCUCAAUUUUGGGUUGGCUUAUCACCAAAGUGACCCACAACCUUGCCUGCAAGUUCUUCAUAAUGGGUUGAGCCCAAAUCGUAAUGCCAAAAUAAAGCCCAAUUCCAGCCAAAAAAAUGGACUUAAACCUCAAAUGGGUCUUCGAUCCUAG